AACGAACUGUUGACCUUUUUAACUACUCUAAUAAUUUUUGUUAUACCUAUUUACACUCUUGUACGAAACAUUAGUUCUAAUAUUUCUUGGUUAUCACUUUUAUCAGUUGACAGUGACAUUGGUUCACUAGUAAAAAGUUGAAGAGGACGUAGCAGUUUUUCUGCUUAAUUAAUAAUUUAAAGAUUAAAAGUUUGGAGGAAUAGAGUAAAAAUGGGUUCAUUGGUGAAAAAACUAUUUGACCAGCUCAAAAGCAAGGAGUUUAGGGAAUAUUUGAUGAGUACCCACUUCUGGGGCCCCGUAGCAAACUGGGGUAUACCACUGGCAGCAAUUGCAGACACACGGAAAGAUCCUGUCUACAUUAGUGGCAAAAUGACACUUGCUCUGACGCUAUAUUCUCUGAUGUUCAUGAGGUUCGCGUGGCGAGUGAAGCCGAGGAACAUGCUACUGUUCGCCUGUCACUUCACCAACGAAUGCGCUCAGAUCACACAGGGAGUGAGGUUCGUCAACUACCAUUACAUACAGGGUGGAGAGAAGAAGGAAGAUCUCAAGAAAUAAGCUCACAAUUAGAAAAUUCUAGAACUUAUCUUAGGGUCUGUUUACAUGGGCGAUAGUUUCCAGUACAAAAUAUUAAUAUACAUAAAGGGAUUUGCGGAUUAUUUCAUAAAAUAUGUUCAAAGGGAUUUGCAAUAGUAAUUAGUACAAAAUAUUUAGGUUAACUUAGGAUGGGAUUAUAAUUAAUCCAUGUAAUGGGUUGGAUUCUUUUGAAUACAUAUCAAGGUGAGUCGUUUUUAUGAUUGUCUUUGAUCAGUUUUAGGCUAGCCUAAGUGCCGCUUAAAAUAUAUUUUUAAACUUUGUCAAGUGUCAAAACGAUCUUUAAAACAUACUGUAGUAUUUUUGGCGUGGUUUUAGUGACUGAACUGACCUAAUGCACUAGGCACUGUUUAUACCCUAACUCUAAGUGGAAGGGAUACAUGAGAACGAAUUAAUUUAGUUUAAUUUAGACAGUACCUAAAUAAAUAUUCUUAACCUUUAUUAGAGGAAAUAACACAUUUGGAUAUAAAUUCGCCCGUGUAUAGCAGUCCUUAUUUGCGGUGCUUAUCUCUGCGUAGUAUGUACACAGUAGUAAAUGUAGUCAAUGGUUGUACUUGGACGCCUCGGCCACAACUGAACGUGUAGGUAUGUGUAGAAAUAAUAAUACUUUGACAGUUAACGGAUUGUAUUUUAUAAGAAAAAAAUGUGCUUAAAAUCAAUUUAGGAAUAGACAUAAAAUUUGUUUUAAUAGAAUCAUUGUAUAAAGUUGUGAUUUUUGAGUUACCAAAUAUUUUUGUUUCUCUACCCUCUUGAUUUUUUGUCUGCCAAUUUGAAGUUGAUUAUCGAUGUGACUUGUAAGUAUUUAUUUCUGAGGGUCUAUCUCGAAUAUUAGCGAUAUCAGUAUUCGUAACAUCAU